UUCUUCCUGACAGCAUGAUGAGUGAUGUCCGACUGUCUGCAGCUCCUCCGUCUCUCUGUGAGGUCACAGCUUCACCCACAGGAUGUGGUUUCCACGGCAACGAACCUCCAGCUUUCGUCCUGCCGCCUCGAAACGUCAGGGUCAGCCUGGGAGGAGACGCCCGACUGGAGGGGAAGGUCAGAGGUCAACCGGAGCCGCAGGUCACAUGGUACAGAGACGGGAAGGCUGUGAUUGGUGGAGGCCGCUGCUCAGUGGAGCGAGGUGGGCGUGGCACUUUCAGCCUCCUGGUGGGCGGAGUCACAGAGGAGGAUCUGGGCUGUUACACCUGUCAGGCGACCAAUGAGGCGGGGAGCCGGCAGGUUACCGUGGAGAUCCUUCUGGAAGAAAACUUCGGGAAGCAGUCCAUCCUGCCGUCCUGGAGGAGAUCAGGGUCCAGCUCCUCAGCGAUGGAGAACCGGACCAGCAUCUGGAGCGAGAGUCCACCGAAGUUCAUCUCCAAACCCAGCAGAGUUCUGGUCAGACUGGGACAGAGCGGGAAGUUCUCCACCAAGGCCACAGGACGGCCGCAGCCGCAGGUCACAUGGUACAAGGGGGAGGCGGAGCUUCAGUCAUCUGGUCGGAUCAGGGUGUUCGAACUUUCUGGUCGUCACUUCCUGGAGAUAAAGGAAGUCCAGGCGGAGGAUGCAGGAAGUUACACGUGUUCAGUCACCAACAGCGCCGGAGCGGCUACCGCCAGCGCAGAGCUUAUAGUUCAGGGUGUUCCUGAAGCUUCGUCCAGCGUUCAUCCCUCUGAGGAACCAUCAGCCAUUAAACCAGUAGAGGGCAGCAUUUCUCCCAGUCCUGGCAGGUCGACUGCAGACCAGCAACAGGAACAAACUGCAUCCCGGAGGAGCAAACCCCCUGUAGAGCUCCCUCAUGUGGCUGGAAAGAGUACUGCUGCCGCUCAGGUUCAGUCCAGUCGAGUUGAUCCGGUUCAAUCAGUCAAGGUGGCGCCAUCUGCGUCCAGCUGCAGCAGAGCUUUGAGGAGAUCCACAUCCGGUUCCGGUCUGCGGUUUGAAGCGGUUCCUCUGGACCAGGAGGCCACAGAGGGAACCCAGGUCACCUUCACCUGCCAAGUCUCGUCUGUUGCUGACGCCAUGGUAACGUGGCUCAGAGACAGGAACCCAGUCAGGACGGGUCCAGGACUUCAGCAGAGACGGGACGGGACUCGUCUGAUUCUCACCAUGGACAGAGUGACGCAGCUGGACAGCGGGACGUACGGGUGUCGGCUCACCACUCCUGAAGGACUCAGCGUUGCCUCGGCAACAUGGAUGCUACGCCUCAAUCGUGCGUCCAGGUGUCCGGUGUUCCUCAGUGAGCUGCAGGACUGCAGCGUGUCAGAGGGUCAGCCCUUCAGCCUGCAGGUCUGUGUGGAGGGAAAACCUGAUCCCAGCGUCAGCUGGCAGCUCAACGGUCGUCCUCUUCCUCCCAGGACCCGGUCCUCACAUGUUGGGGGCGUGGCCAAGCUGAUGGUCCAGAAUGCAUCACGCCAUGAUGGCGGCGUCUACGUGUGUGUGGCGGAGAACAUCCACGGUCGAGCAGAGAGCAGUGCCCGGGUUCAGGUCAAAGGUAUGGUGCAGUCUCAGAGGUCAGAGGUCACAACAGCAGGUCAGGCUCCUCGCUUCAUUCGCCGUCUAAGCGAUCUGAAGGUGAUGGAUGGGAGCAGAGUCUCCAUGACGGUGGAGCUGAGCGGUGAGCCUCCUCCUCUGGUGAUGUGGCUCCAUGACGGGCAGGAGGUCUCUGAGUCGGAGGACUUCCACCUCCUCAGGGAGGAGAACCGCUACACUCUGCUGAUCCAGGAGGUUUUCCCAGAAGACACUGGGGCCUACAGCUGCCGGGCCUGGAACCAGUACGGAGAGGACCAGACCCAGGCCCGGCUCACCGUGGAAGAACCUCAGGACGGCGUCCAGCCCUGGUUCAUCACAAAACCCAAAGCGGUGAGCGCCGUCACGGGUCAACACGUCCUGCUGUCCUGUGCCAUCGCCGGAGACCCGUUCCCCCAGUACACAUGGACCAGAGCGGACCAGAACCGAGCGCUGAGCUCCGGAGGAGACUACGAACUGCUGCAGAAGGAGGACGUCGUCUCGCUGCUCAUCAGACGGGUCCGAAAGCAUCACGCAGGAGAAUUCCUGAUCACCCUGAGGAAUAAAGUGGGAGAAUGCAGCGCUGUGGCUCAACUGUCUGUCACUGAAGGAGAACCUGAAGGAGGAGACAGAAGGACCGCAGCAGCCAGAGGAAGACCAGGAGGAGGAGGAGGAGAAAGCAGGAGGGUCAGUCUGCAGAGGCAGGAGGCUGGUGAGGAGGAGAAGAAGAAGAAGAAGGAGGAGGAGGAUCCCCGAGGACUCCUCAAGCGCAGCGUAGAGACGAGGGAGCGCCGUGAAGAGGAGCUGCGACAGAGGGAGGCGCAGCAGCUGGACUUUCGCUCGCUGCUGGGACGCCGAGCUUUCCCCCCCGACGGCGACACCGACACCCAGCAGAUGGAUUUUAAGGCCAACCUCCGGGGCGUCAAAGGGAAGGCGGAGGAGAAGGCCAACUCCCCGCAGCAGGUGGACUUCAGGAGCGUCCUGGGGAAGAAGGGCGCCGCCGGCAGCAACGGCAACAAGCCGGCUGAAACGCCUCCAAAGAACGCCGGAGACUUCCGCUCCGUCCUCGCCAACAAGAAGAAGACGACGCCGGCGGCGACCCCCGAGAAGAACGGAGAGAAGGUGAACAACUGCGUGGAUGGAGGGAUUCACGACCAGAAGAGCGAAGGAGGAAAAGGAGGAGAAGGAGGAGGAGGAGGAGGAGGAGGGACGGCGCCGGAGUUUGUGGAGAAGCUGAAGGACGUGACGGUGCUGGACGGUCAGCGGCUCCGGCUGGAGUGUCGCCUCGCCUCCGCCGCCGCUGCUGAUGUCACCGUCACCUGGACGCUGGACGGGAAAACCGUCAAACCGUCCAAGUUCAUCAUCCUCGCCAACGAAGGCGGCCUCUGCUCUCUGACCAUCGACAAAGCUCUGCCGGAGGACGAAGGCCAGUACAAGUGCAGGGCUGAGAACUCGGCCGGCAGAGCGGAGUGUUCCUGUAUGGUUCUAGUCGACGAUCCACCAGAAAACUCUCCGACAGACAAGAAGUCUAAGAAGGCAGCUCCGACCUCAGAGAGUGAAGCCAGAAUAAAGAAGCCAACUCCAAAGACUCCUCCCAAACAAGCUUUGCCUCCUCAGAUCCUCCAGUUCCCAGAAGACAUGAAGAUCCUGGCAGGAGAAAAGGUGGAGAUCCUCUGCAAAUACUCCGGCGCUCCACCCAUCACCUGCACCUGGCUGAAGUUCAGGAAAGCGAUCCAGGAGGGAUCCUCGGACGUCUCCAUAGAGACCACAGACAGCAGCAGUAAGCUGACCAUCAGCAGCGGGCAGCAGGAGCACUGCGGCUGCUACACCGUGGAGCUGAGGAACGGCUACGGCCUCCGACAGGCCGCACUCAACCUCACCAUCGUUGACAAACCCGACCCCCCAGCAAAGGUCCCUGCGACCUCUGACAUCCGGCGCUCCAGCCUGACCCUGUCGUGGUACGGGCCGACCUAUGACGGCGGCAGCGCCGUGCAGACCUACCACCUGGAGAUCUGGGACUCCGUGGACCAGCAGUGGAAGCAGCUGGUGUCCUGCAACAGCACCUCCUACAACAUCCAGAACCUUCUUCCAGAACGACAGUACAAGUUUCGAAUUCGAGCUCAGAACAUUUACGGCAUCGGAGAGCCGAGCGCCGAGUCUGAAGCCGUAACGAUGGGACUGGUGGACGACGAUAACCAGGAUGAUGCUGAGGCAGAGGAGGAGGAUGAAGACUUAGACAAAGAGCCAGAGUACCGAGACGUGACCAUCAAAACCGAUGUGAAGGUGAAGGAGUUUUACGACGUGGAGGAGCGGCUGGGAACGGGGAAGUUCGGUCAGGUCUUCAAGCUGGUGGAGAAAUCCACCAAGAAGGUUUGGGCUGGGAAGUUUAUCAAGGCGUAUUCGGCCAAAGACAAGGAGAACGUCCGGCAGGAAAUCGGCAUCAUGAACUCCCUGCAUCACCCCAAACUGGUCCAGUGUGUCGACGCCUUCGAGGGAAAGUCCGACAUCGUCAUGGUGCUGGAGAUGAUCUCUGGCGGCGAACUGUUUGAGCGGAUCAUCGACGAGGACUUUGAGCUGACGGAGAGGGAGGUGAUUAAAUACAUGCUGCAGAUCAUCGACGGCGUCAACUUCAUCCACAAACAGGGCAUCGUCCACCUCGACCUCAAACCGGAGAACAUCAUGUGUGUCAACAAAACCGGCAGCCAGAUCAAACUCAUCGACUUCGGCCUCGCCCGUCGGCUCGCAAACGCUGGAACUCUGAAGGUUUUGUUUGGGACUCCAGAGUUUGUGGCUCCUGAAGUGAUAAAUUAUGAAGCCAUCAGUUACCCGACAGACAUGUGGAGUAUAGGAGUCAUCUGUUACAUCCUGCUGAGCGGUCUCUCUCCCUUCAUGGGCGACAACGACAACGAGACUCUGGCCAAUGUUACCUCGGCAACCUGGGACUUUGAGGACGAGGCCUUCGAUGAAAUCUCUGAAAACGCCAAAGACUUCAUCACCAACCUGCUGAAAAAAGACAUGAAGGCUCGGCUGUCCUGCCCUCAGUGUUUUGAACACCCGUGGCUGAAACAGGACACCAACACCAUGAAGACCACCAAGCUGUCCAAGGAGAGGAUGAAGAAAUACAUCCUGAGGAGAAAGUGGCAGAAAACGGGUCACGCUGUUCGAGCGAUUGGCAGACUCUCAUCCAUGGCCAUGAUGGCUGGAGUUAGUGCAAAGAAAGGCUCGCCCACUGAAGAGGAUAAUCAGUUCCUGGAGUGUUUGGAGUACGAACAGAAGACGGAGAGUAAACCCACUUUCAGUUCAGUCAUUAAAGACGUGGAGGUGGUGGAAGGCAGCGCCGCUCGCUUCGACUGCAAGAUAGAAGGAUACCCUGACCCUGAGGUGGUUUGGUACAAAGACGACCAGCCAAUCAAAGAGACCCGACAUUUCCAGAUCGACUACGAUGAAGAAGGAAACUGCAGUUUGAUCAUUUCAGAGGUUUCAGGUGACGACGAUGCCAAGUACAUGGUGAAGGCCGUCAACAGUCUGGGCGAGGCGACGUGCACAGCAGAUCUGCUGGUGGAGGUGAUGGCUGGAGAGGACGAGGAAGAGGAAGAGGAGGAAGAAUAACGAUUCCUGUUGGACGUUACGGAGGCCUGCUGCUCCUCAGCCUGUCACAAAAUUCACCCACAGUAACAGUUGGGGGUUGGAGGUACGGGUGGGCGGAGUUUCUCAUACCUUAAUCUGAGCAUGUGCAGAGCUGUAACUGAUUCGCUCUGAUUGGUCGGAUGAAGUGUGACGAUCUUAAAGCACAUCAAGCUCCAGGUGAUGGUAAGGGCCUGAUUACAACAGGAAGUAGAGCGUAAAAAACUGAAACUUUUUUCCCAUAUUAUAAACCAAAAUGUCUUUUUCACUAAACAAGCUCCCAUGUUUUGCUUCAACACUCUGUUUUAGGGUGUUUUCACACAUGAUAAGUAGACUCAGUUCAACUGGGGACCAAAAUGGCAACAUUUGUUUCAUUCUAAGACGUUGCAGUUCACCAUGUCAAACAAACCAAAAUGAUUUAAAAAGCUGUUCCUCUCCCAGCCUGUGGGGGCACUGCAACAAUAACUACUGAAGGGAAUGGCACAAAAACCUCUGAAGAAGACAGGAGUGCAGCUUCCUUCUUCAGGAAAUAUAAACAAAUGGAGCAGCAUCACAUUUUAGCAGUUGUAGGAUUUCUCUUCAGUCUUCCACAAAAAAUCUAUGACCCAUUUCUCCAAGUAGCAGUAAACUCUUGCCUUUGUUUUGGUUGUAUUUACCCAGAAUGCCCUGCGUUGUAGUCUGCUUCCUGCUUUGUAGCUGUCUCCAGUAAGCUUGGCCUCAUUCAAACCGGACCAGAGUUCACUUCAACCAAACCGAGACCGAGCUUUGUAGACGGACCAGUGUUCGCCUUUUAGUUUGAUUCACAUUCACAUCUCCCCAAACAAACCAGACUUUCUAGACAAGUGAACUAGAGGUUGAUUGAAGUGGACUAUACAGGGUUGGUGUGAAUGCACCAAAGAGUUCAUCCCUGCAGCUUCCUGUGUUAGACUCCGCCCACCUGAUGCCCCAUCUCAUCUGAGGUCACAUGGGUUGAACUGUCUUCCUGUGAACAACAGCUCCUCCAAAAUAACCACACAGAUACUUCCUGUCGUUUCACAUGAAGAUCAACCAUAAAAAGUUUGUCAUUUUACAAGAUUCACAAUUUAAAAACAUCAAAUAUCUUUUUCACAUGGACUCUGGAGGUUCCUCCAACAGGCUCCUUCCUGCCUCAGGAGUUUGCUUUCAUAUGAUUGGUCCGUUUAUGGAAGCUGUGAUGUCACUGAACUUUAACCUGUACAUGUUUAAUUCAUAAUGCCUCACUUUGUCCCAGUUUGAUUUGAAAACAACGUUCCAAAGCAUGAGGAAAAGCAUGUUUGCCAACACUUUAAGUUUAACCUUUUUGUCUGAUCCAAGUGCAGGACGGGAGAGAGUGAAGAUGGCCACCCGCCUUCUUUCAAUUAAACAUAAUUGGAGUCGAACGUUUAGUAUCUUUAAAAUGACGGUAGCACAAA